AUGUAUCUUCAGCCGUGGAAUAGCGUUAAAGUUACAUUUGAUAUUCCGAAAGAGGCAGCUGAGCGAUUACAUUUGCUUGCAGUGCAAGGAAAUGUACGCCUCAUUGAACUCGGAAUACUCAGUGUAGAAAUCGUUGGGCAACCAAAUGCUACUGUCGUGAGUAAUCAUAAUAAUAAUAAUAAUACGAACAAUAAUGCGACAGCAGCAGCAACAACUAAUCCAGCAACGAACAGUAAAGAUUUAUCUGUAUCAGCAUCAUCGACGAUAAAAUCUUCAAAUGAUUCUUUCGAGUCAUCUGUUCCUCCGCAAGCGUCCAUUGCAAAUUUACCGCCAGACGAUCAUCGACAUAAACGAGUGAAAAUAGAAAAUGAAAAUGAUCAGCAAAUAUUCAAUUUUCCAUAUAAAUCAUCGCCGACUGGUAACAUUAUGCAACCAUCGUCGACUAGUGGACAUCCAACUAAUCACUAUCUUCAAACACAAACAUCACCAGUCAUUCAUCGGCAAUCUUCAGUUCCAACACAUACAUCAACAAAUAACUAUGGACGAUUAUCUCAUCCAAACAGUAUUUCAUCCACACAUACCACUUAUUUAAACAGCGGUAAAUCUCCAUCUUCUGCUCCUCCUCUUCCUUCAGUACCUUCUUCUUCGAAUCUAUAUCAGUCCUCAUCAAUAAUUGACAAUACGAAUUCGGCAUUAUCAAAUGGGAUUGGAAAUGAGAUGCAUAACUAUCAUCAUCAUGAUUCUUGGCCAUCCUACAUUGAUCAUUCAAAUAACUAUAAAAUGAAAGUUAACGGAAUACGACCGAAUCAUUACUAUCCUCAACAGCAGCAACAGAUUAAUCUAUCGGAUGCUCAGUCAACAUCAUCGGCGAUCUACUGUACACCUUCACAGGCACAAUAUGACAUGAGACGAUGUGAAACGACCAUGUCUCAAAUGGCAACAUCAACGACUAAUAUUCAAAAUUCAUAUGAUGGUUCAUCAACUGGUUUAUCAUCUUGA